AUGGCGGGCUUCCUCGGCCGAAAGCCCAAGACGGAGGCCACCCUCCAGGCCCAGGAGGAGGCGCCGCAGCUGGAGAAGGUGCAGUGGACCAAGGAUCCCGGGCUGCGCAAGCUCUACUUCUACGCUUUCAUCCUAUGCGUUGCUUCUGCAACCACGGGCUACGAUGGCAUGUUGUUCAAUAGCAUCCAGAACUUUGACACCUGGAAGAGCUUCUUUGGGAACCCUGAGGGACAGCAGCUCGGCCUCCUCGGCGCGCUCUACCAGAUCGGCAGCCUGGCCUCCAUCUUCUUUGUGCCCAUGAUCACGGACAACUUUGGACGCAAGAUGCCUAUUGCCAUCGGCUGUGUUAUCAUGACCGUCGGGGCAAUCCUUCAGGGGAGCUGCCAGAACAUCGAGACCUUCAUGGGCGCUAGGUUCAUGCUCGGAUUCGGCAACAGUCUGACCCAGCUCGCAUCUCCCAUGCUCCUCACCGAGAUCUGCCACCCCCAGCACCGCGGGCGUCUGACGACGGUCUACAACUGCCUCUGGAAUGUGGGAUCGUUUUGCGUCGCCUGGCUUUGCUUCGGCACAAACUACAUCCCGACCGAGCUGUCGUGGCGCAUCCCCUGCAUCGGGCAGUGCGCCCCGUCCCUGAUCCAGCUCGCCUUCGUCUACUGGGUGCCCGAGUCCCCGCGCUUCCUCAUCGCAAAGGACCGGGCGGACGAGGCGCUCGACAUGCUGGCGAGGUACCACGGCAACGGCGACGCGCAAAACCCGACGGUGCAGUUCGAGUUCCGCGAGAUUAAAGAAACGCUGCGGCUGGAGCUCGAGAGCAGCAAGACCAGCAGCUAUGGCGACUUUUUCAAAACGAGGGGAAACCGCUACCGGCUCGCGGUCCUGGUCUCGCUCGGCAUCUUUUCGCAGUGGUCCGGCAGCGCCAUCAUCUCCAACUACCUCUCGGUCCUGUACGACAACGCGGGCGUGCGCGACUCGACCGUCAAGCUGGGCCUGGGCGGCGGACAGACGGUGCUGGCCUUCCUCGUGUCCACCACCAUGGCGCUGCUGGUGGACCGGGUCGGGCGGCGGCCCAUGUUCCUGGCGUCGACGGCGGGCAUGUUCGUCACGUUUGUCUUCUGGACGCUCUCGGCCGGCCUGUACGAGGAGAGGUCGCUGGACGGGGCGCGGUACGCCAUGAUCCUGUUCAUCUGGGUCUUUGGCAUCAUGUACAACCUCGCCUGGUCGGGCCUGCUGAUCGGCUACGCCAUAGAGGUGCUGCCGUACAAGCUGCGGGCCAAGGGCUUGAUGAUCAUGAACGUCUUUGUCCAGGCGGCCCUGACGCUCAACAUCUACGCCAACCCCAUCGCCUUCAAGUACUUUGAGGGGCACACGUGGAAGCUGUAUCUGAUCUACACGUGCUGGGUUUUUGGCGAGAUGGUGUUUGUGUACUUCAUGUACGUCGAGACCAAGGGCCCGACGCUGGAGGAGCUCGCCAAGAUCAUCGACGGCGACCGGGCCGAGGUUGCGCGUGAUAUCGGAGCCGAUGCGGCUGAGAAGGAGACUUGGGACGCCAAGGAGAAGGGCGAGCGAGCCUCCGACCGAGUCCCCUCGACGGGCCCCUAGCUCUCGUCUGGUUUGCAAGCUGCCAGCGCGUCCGUCUGUCGGGGGCUUAGCAGAUGAGAGACGUGUCGAC